AUGACUUCCAAAGGUUCACACAUAAGGAAGCAAUGUGAUUUUACAAAACUUCUAAUGGCCGGUUACGACCUGGAAUUGGUAAACGGCAGCACUCAGGAGUUCAACGUUACCUUUCAUGGUCCUAACGGAACUGUAUAUGAGGAUGGAGUGUGGCAAGUCCACGUCAUACUACCGGACGACUACCCUUUCGCGUCACCCUCAAUAGGAUUUAUGAAUAAAAUGCUACAUCCUAAUGUAGAUGAGUCAUCGGGGUCAGUGUGCCUCGAUGUCAUAAAUGAGACAUGGACGCCAAUAUAUAGCUUGGUUAACGUUUUUGACGUUUUCCUACCACAAUUAUUGACAUACCCAAACCCAUCGGAUCCACUAAACAAUGAGGCAGCGGCCUUAAUGAUGUUGGAUAAAACAACAUAUGAAGAAAAAGUUAGAGAGCACGUAAGAAUACACGCAAGUAAAGAAAUGUGGGAGAAAAGGAGAGGAUUCACUAAUCAAGAAUCAUUAUCAGUUACAAAUGACGGAGAACCGAGUGACAUAGAGAGCACAGUAGAUGAAGCAGAGUUAGAAGAUUUCUAA